CAUUUUGGACAGUUCGCCAAAAAAAAUGAAGCUGACUGUGUCAUAUGGGCACAAAUAAAGUCAUCCAUGUCUCGUUUAAGGGAAAAAUAACUAAUUGAAGUCAUCGAGGGCCUUGAAAAUGUCUCUCCACAAGCUGACAAGCUGAAGAUGAAAGGCUGUGGUAGAGCUGAGAAGUGGAGUGAGUCAUCAAAAUCCAGCGGUUUCGUUAUAUCACGUGAUCUCCUCGGGUCUCUUCAUUGGUUGGAAGGAAAAAUUGAAAUAACACCGCGAGAAACUUCUUCUUUUCAUCGCAAGAUUUAUCUCUGUUUCUACAACAAAAUGGGAUCUACGACAAACGAAGAACUGGAGAACCUGGGACUUAACUUGAAGAAGGUACAAGAAAAAUUUCUCAACGAAUGGACUGGGGAAUCUUUUCGAAAAGCGCGCCUGGAGGAUAAAGAGAACCAUGAAAAUAUGUUGACUGGCGGGAAAGAGAAGAUGAAGCAUCUGGAAGACAAAAUCAAUCGAUAUCAUCUUCAAAGUGAAAAAAAUUUGGAAGUUCUACGACAGAGGGCUGAAGAAGUUGCAAAUCUCGAAAAAGAGCUUCGAGAGUUACAGAUGACAGCGGAACGCUUGGUGGAGAAGAGGAAUCAAAAGCAAAAACAUUUCGAACAAACUGAAGGGCGAUUACAGAAACAACAGGAAGAAAUUUCCGCCAAGGAACAGAGCACCUCUUACAAGAUCAAACAAUUUACCAAAGGGACAGAAUACUUUAAAGAAAGGCUGGGAUUAUCCUUUAAGAAGGUGGAUGAGGAGCAUUUGCAGUUUGUGUUCAAGUACAUAGACCCAAAAGAUGAAGAGAAGCCUUUUGUUUUCACUGUGGCCAUUACUAAUCAUGACAAAUACAAUGUCAAAGAUUGCAUGCCAGAGGUUGAAGGACUUGCCGAAAUGGUGGACAACCUGAACAGAACAAACAACUUUUCCAUGUUUGUAAUCAGCAUGAGGAGAAAGUUUAAAGAUUUUGUAAAAACAACAGAAUAGUACAGCUAUUAAACACGUGUAAAUAAGAGUACUAUAAAUCAUCUACUGUUAAAGGAGCUGUUAUCAAAAUGAAAUAUGUGUGAAAGAGUGGAAAUGUUGUGGAACAAAGUGUCAGAAAGCAAGGCUGUGCUUUGUAUUUGACAAGCUAUUUUUAUCUAUAAAAAAUGUGUGAAAACUUUUUUUGACGUGCAGAGCAUGAUUGUACCAUAGAUUUAAAUACUCAUUAGGGUUUUAACAUGUAUCGGACUGGUGGUGUUAACAGGGUUUAGUGUAACAUAAUGGUGAGAUAAGCAAAGUGCAAGCUGGUGAAUUGACCAACAACUUUUAAGGCCGGCCAUCUUACUCUAAGAAAGACUUACAGUGCAAGUGUAUGUGACAAACAGCAGGAAAGGGUACAUGUAACAAUACUUUUUCAGGAGCAAGAACUGAAAAUGAAAAUGUUCUAGAGUUAGGUAAACUGGUCGCAGAGGUAAAUAAAUAUUUAAACUUAUCCAUGACAGCUUGCUCAAAAGUUACCACAAGCACACUCAGCUAACUCUGUUACAGUCUUUCCCGUAAAACUGUGAACACCAGAGAAAAUUUCUGGAAUGUUUAUUGUUUCACGACCGAUCAGAUGCAAGAUGAAACCGCAAAAGGUAACUUCCAAACCAUAAAGUGGGUACCCCUGUAAGGCAGACAGCUCCAGCUGAAUUUCACUUGUUUCUCUGUAUAACUAUACUCUACAGUGGACAGCUGGAGCCACUGCUGAGGGUGUCCACCUGAGAGAGAGUUCAGUGUAGUUAACAAAUAGAUUCCAUGUUGGUAUGCAUCUGUUCAGUAAUAGGUCAUAGAUGAUGUUGAUGCUCCUACCACAUUUUGACAUCUUCUGUGAUGUAUUACUGAACAGACCCAUGGCAACAUGGAAUCUACUUGUUCUAUGUAAUAAAGAAACAAGAAAACUUGUCCACGACAUCAUCUACACGUGUGUCCUCCAAUAGAUCCUAACUCGGAACCAUAAAGAUGUUUUCACACUAAAGAAAACUAAACAUCACAAGGUUUAAAAUUUAUUUCUCCAGUUUUCUUCAAAAUUAGAUUACCAAACAAUAAGUUUCUCAUUAAUAACUUGAUUUUUUGGGGGUGCCCUAACAUCACUCAUAAUAAAUUGCUGAAAUACUAUAAAUAGAACCUCACAAAA